GUGGUACGACAUUUUGUUAACUUUUAGGAUCUGGGCUAGUGGAAGCAUGUCCUGUCCUGCAGAUACGAUUUAAAUACCAUCAACAUCUGGUUUUUAAUAGUUUUUGGACAAAUACAUUGGAACACAUUAGGCUUUGGUACACACAAUACUUGUGUUGGUUUGGAUCUUUUCAGAGUUUCAACCAUAUUAAUUACCUCUGCAAUUGAUCAUUUAUGUGUAAGCCUUUGCAUUUUUAUGUUGUUAGGUGGGCAUUUCAAUGUUUUUUUCAUGGGCCUAUAAAACAUGCACCUUUUUUAAAAGACUUUUGACUAAUUACGUUAUCAUCUUUUAUCCUUGGCCUUAAGGAAAUUGUACAAGUCGCAAGGGUCUCAACGGAGCAUGCUCAGUGCACGAAUACCCCGGCAGCUUCCAGGGCCAAAGUGUACGCUUUAAGAUGACUUCUGUGUGUGGACAUGUGAUGAGUCUGGAUUUCAUCGGGAAGUACAACAACUGGGACAAGGUGGACCCUGCAGAACUCUUUAGCAAAGCUCCGACAGAAAAGAAGGAGGCCAACCCUAAACUCAACAUGGUCAAGUUCCUCCAGGUUGAAGCGAGAGGCUGUGACUACGUGGUUCUAUGGUUGGACUGUGAUAAGGAAGGCGAGAACAUCUGCUUUGAGGUAAUUCAGGGCCGAAUUCAAACCUGCUAUUAA